CAUAUGUGUCGCUCUCCUAUAUCUCCGUCAUUGAACCUCUGUUGGUCGAGUCAUCCCAAGAUGUGGCAUCUGGUGUUUUUGUCAAGACGGGGUGUAAGCUGGACGGGACUCCCCUCAGCAAUGCAACCAAUGCGGGUGACAUCAGAGCUCCCCACCUGCACGUCUCAGGGACUCCCGAUUGCGUUGCACCGUGGUGCUGAUUUUGCGGGGUAUGGAGCACAAAGCCGGCGCCAAGCCUGUCACGGUUUAGCGUCGAAUUGCUUCAAUCCUUCCAGGCCUGCCGCCAAAUCGUCAAUUCGCUUUGGAACCUUCCUGUCCGUUCUCGAGGAUAGAUAGCUUGGAUAUCAAGGCGAUGUCGAUGUCGGAGAUGGCAAUGCGGAUGAAGCAAAUUUGGACGACGAGACUCACGAACUUUUCAGUCACGGUUCAUGAACGCCGGGGCCCUUUUUCAUGUGACCAUCCACUGCAGCAAGUGGAAGCUUCCGAAAACAAAUCAGGCCAGAUUCGAAACUCGUCCCCGCCCGUGAUUGGAUUCGUUAAUUCGUCAACCUUAUCGCCCUUCCUUCCUCUGUUGUCAGGCAACCCAACCCGGACCCUUCAGUGACUCAACUGGGGACACUGUCGGCAACUUCGUCAUCGAAGGGUCCAGAACUCGAUACAGCCUCAACACCAGCCAUUUCAUCCUCGGGACAUGAACCAUGUCUUCAGUCACCAGCUUAAAUGGACAAGUUGUCCAAAACGUAUUUCGCCUCGCCUUGACGUGGGGACAUCAUCAGAUAGACCCUCAAAGAUAACACUUGGGCAGAUGCCGUUGUGUACCACAGUGGAUAUGGCAUCGCGACUUUCUCGUCCAUCUCUCUAUAUUCUGAUGGCAUGAUUGCUUCCCGGCGCUAUGCUUGAGGAGGACAAGUGUCUAUGUAGAGGUCUCAAAGUAGUGUACAUAUCCCCGACAAUGCAACGGCGGACCGCGGACCUGAGCUGAACGGGAGAUCAAGUGGCAUGAUGUCGGCCGGGGAUCUCUCCCGACCUGCCACCGCAUGGUGUGCAAGGCAAACAGCGCUCACCUGCAAGAUAUAUAUAAACCAAUUGAACCUAUACGACCCUUCUCAUAGAACCAACGAAAUGGCAAACUCACUUUCAUAUUCCGGCUGUGUGCUUUUGUCGUACGGUUGUCGGUCAAAGCAACUCCGUUAUUGGGGCUGUCCGACAUCGGCAAAUCCGCCCGAGAGCCAUUGCAAUGUGGUUCAGUCAGUGAAUCGAUGUCACCAUCUCACUCAGCUGUUAAGCUAACACUGUCUGCUGACCAAAUUCGCACGCACUAUUUGCGCUGACUUCCCGGCCAAAGCACAGUUUUUUAUCCCCUUCGCACAUGAAGAUCCGUAGUGGCGAAAGAUUUGUAAUGCAGAUCUUACAUUUCGUCGUCGAAACCUGCAGGCCCAAAAUCUCUACACUGUGUAUUUCUAAUCGAAUGCCUAUCAAAUUGUUACAAUCCACCAUCACAUCGCUGUUUGUCUUAUCGGAGUAUCAACUGUAUUCUCAAUCUUGCAAUUCCGCGGGACCAAAGAGACAGAGACUCGAUCUCGACAACAACAACAACAACAAAGACUCGUAUAUUUUCGUUUUCUUUUUUCCAAUUCGCUGCCCGAAAAGCAGCAGCCAAACAGGGCAACACAUUGUUUCAUCUUCCCCAGACGAACGACCCCGCCAUCCACCACCACCACCAUGUCGCCCAUAACUCUCGAUCUCACAUCCGACUUCAACCCCGCCAACACCACCGGCGCGGGGUCGUCGUCGUCGCAACCCAGAACCCUCCUCGUUGCGCCGCCCUCGGUCGCCUCCCACGAGGAACGCAUCAGCGCCCUCUUCUCCACCUACCCCCGCGACACCACCGACCUGCACAUGCUCGACCGACUCGCCGCCGGUCUCGUCACCCUCCCCACAUCCACCUACGACCUGAUCCUCGUUUUGACCGACCCGGACGGCAGCCGACACGCCGAAGCCUCGGCCCUGCUCAGCAACCGCGCCGUGUGGUCGCUUCUCGUCCCCGCCCUCAAGGCCGGUGGCAAGCUGCGCAGCGAAGAUGGCACCCUCGGCAGGGACACCACCACCCCCGAGGCCCGCGAGGCCGUGCUAGCCGGUCUCGUCGCCGGCGCCGACGGCUUCACCAAGCCCGAUUACGCCGAGGAGGAAGCCGUGCCGCUGCGUUUUGGUCUCAAGAGAAAGACCAACCCCAACCCCGUAGUUGCGCCCAUCCAGCCUGUCGCCCAAGUCGUCACUGCCGCCCCAGCCGGCGUCGGUUUCGUCACGCUCGAUUUGAACGACGAUCUUGAUCUCGACGGUGAAGACGACGACGACGAUGUGAUUGACGAGGACACACUCCUCACGGAAGCGGACCUGCGCCGCCCCAUCCAGCAGCCGCCCGAGUGCCAGCCCAAGCCGGGCAAGAAGAGAAGGGCGUGCAAGGACUGCACGUGCGGGCUGGCGGAGCGGUUGGAGGCGGAGGACAAGGCGCGCAGGGACAAGGCGGACCAGGCGCUGAACACGCUCAAGCUCAAGAGCGAGGACUUGCUGGAGCUGGACCUGACAGUUCCCGGGAAGACAGGGAGCUGUGGUAGCUGUGCGUUGGGAGAUGCUUUCAGGUGUGCUGGCUGCCCCUACCUAGGUCUCCCACCCUUCAAGGUCGGCGAGGAGGUGUCGAUCCUCAACAACGUGCCGCAGUUGUGAUGUGGAGGGAAAAGAAAAGAACAGUUGGAUGCCAAAAGAGAAAGUGGAACGAACCAGUUCAGCGCCAAAUUAUCACCAGCAUGAAAGUAAGGCCUGACACACGACGAUUUCGCAACAAGAUACCCGGCUAUGAAAUUUGCUUUCUAGAUUCUUCAGGAUAGAUGUUCGUCCUGGGGUUUUUUUUUUCUUUUUUUUUUUUUUUUCUUACGUUAGUUAUGUUACGAUAGUCUUCACAUGGAUGCUUUUCGGGUCAAAUCUGAUGCACAAAAAAGUGUUCUUCACCGUGUAUGGUCCCUUCUGAUUAAUGGGGCAUAGGAUUUGCGAACAUAGGAAAAGGGGUGUUGAUGUUUUUACGUCAAUUUGGAAUGGUUCAUUGUGCAGAUCAAUCUCAAGAUAAGAUGGUACUCAAAUUGCCUAAAGCCU